AUGUAUUCAGUUACAUGCUGCGGCAUCAGCUGGUCUCAUGCAGUUCUCGCAACGAAUCGUCUAUGCUUUUCAAUAUUCCCUCAAUAUCGAUGUUUGCUUACCUAUAAAUUCGCCUGGUGUCUGAUAGCCGUUCAUUGGACACUUACCUUUCUUCUCCCGUUUCCAUUGACAUUCUUCGAUGCAUAUCAGUACCAACACGAAUCACGUAUAUGCAUUCUUACAACACGAAAUACUAGUACUGCAUUAACGGGUGUCAUUCUUUUCUACAAUAUACCAUUCAGCAGUAUCAUCAUAAUCUAUAUUCUUGUUUGGCGUCAUGCACGUCGGUCAUCUAAUGCAACAGCGUCUCGUCCCUCGCGUGAUAUGGCAGUCAUGCGACAUAUUCUUACGUUAGUGACUAUCGAUACCAUCUGUGGACAUCCAUAUAUGACACUCAUUCUCCUUGAUUAUCUGGGUGUCGCAACAAAAGAAUGGUAUUUAUCUGUUACCGUUUUUAUAACCUUCAGCGUGACAGCUAACAUGUGCGCAAUAUUUAUAUUUAAUCAUAAGCUGAGAAAAUACCUUUGUUCGAAAUGGCCCUAUUGGCGAGCUUCACAAUCGAACACGAGUGCAACAACACCGGCCUUGAAGCCGAUGCGUACUGCAACGUAUAUUGUCAUGAGUGGCAAUAUUAUCGCAAGUAUUACACCGCAUAUAAUUAACGCCGAAACUUCGACGACUGACAAAAAAGUAUCCGUAUUUAUUAAUUGUUGA